AUGCGUCGUCAUGGCAGGUCCAGCGGGCCAACCAAGGCUGUUUCGCCCUUGUCCGACACUGUCUCUCUCAUCCGUUCCUUCGAUUCAGUCCUAAAUCCAAACCGACCCGCGCGCCCCUCGCCUUUGGCUUCCUCCCACAUCAAAGCUCUCCCAUUAGAAUUGAUCGACCGAUUGCGAUCGUUCCCGUUAUUCCAAGCCACCCCAGAGUCCUUCUUGAUCGAAGUCGGACAGCAUUUGCGCCCGCAGCUUCACGCCCCCAAUGAUUACAUUUUGACUGAAGGCGAUGAGGCAAAGGCCAUAUACUGGUUGGUGCGGGGUGCAGUCUCGGUCACUUCCCGAGAUGGCGAGAGUAUAUACGCCGAGCUCCAGCCGGGUGCCUUCUUCGGCGAGAUUGGUCUACUCAUGGACCGGCCUCGUACCGCAACCAUUAUAGCCCGGACGCGAUGCAUGCUGGUCGUGCUGACAAAAGACGAUUUUCGGAAUAUAUUGCCCCGCUUUCCAGAGGUUGAACAAGCUAUUCGGGAGGAGGCCCAGGAGCGAUUGAUGAUUUUGGAAAAGAAAAAGAAAGAAACGUCUGCGCCUGUAUUAGAUCCGCCGAGCCCCGCGCGAAGAGGUUCGAAACGACUGCGCGAAAGCUUCUCGAAAGAUCUAGCUGUCCUAGAGGACGAGGACCUAAGUACCAAUUCCGUGUACAAAAAGCGGAAGUCACCGAGCCCCGGCCGGCGGGAUGGCUCCAGCGCAUUGGCAAAUGGAUUGGUUAAUGUCCGCCUCCUACUCAAAGAGCUACCACUGUUCUCUGGGCUACCCGCCGAUAUCCUCCAUUUCCUCGGUCUCAACGCCCAACCACGAUCUUUCCCUCCAUUCACCGACAUCAUAAAACAAGACUCCCAAGGCCGCGAGCUCUAUUUCAUCGUGCGCGGCGAGGUGGAAGUCCUCACCGAGAAGCCGGAGAUGAACCACUCAGCUUCGAACAAUCGAUCCAACGGGUUAGAUCGGUCAGGGGUGGAAGUCAGAGCGAGGCUCAAGCAGGGCCAGUAUUUUGGCGAGGUAGUCAGUCUGGCCCUGGCACCCCGCCGGACCGCUACAGUCCGAUCUGUGACUUCCGUCGAAUGUUUGAUGCUGGGUGGUGAUGUCCUGGCUGAGUUUUGGGAGAAAUGCCCGAGUGGCGUGCGAGACCAAGUCGAGCGCACUGCUCAGGAAAGACUUCAGGCGGCCGCCGAUGGUGACGUGGUCAUGUCCGAUGAGGUAGAUCCCCAAACCUCCAUGGGCGAUCUCGCUCUUGACGACAGGGUAAAGAUCACAUCGUCUCGGCGUCGGUCAAUGCCACUUCUGACUCUCACUGAGACCGAGCUGGACGGGCCACAUCAGUCUACUCCUGUUGAAGAUCAAGACCAGGCCGUGCUACGGCCAUCUGAUCCUGAUCCUUACCUCAGCUUGGGUCUGGAUAAAGUGCGGCUGCGGAGUCGACGGGGCUCCGUGGCACCACUAACCCCCGAGGAGGUAUCAGGAGAAACACAACGGUCCUCUCCUACCGAGCCACGCUCUGCUAGCUCUUCAAAUUUGGCCCUUCCCGAACUUGCCGGCCCCUCGAAGCCACACCAGAUUGAUCGACCCCGGGUAGAUGGAUCCAAUGGUGUUCUUCCAGACAGUGUACUGCUCAAUGUUUUCCAAUUCUUGGAACUCCACCACCUUCUUCGGAUUAGAGCAGUGUCGUCCCAUUGGUCAGAGCUUUUGACAAGAUCGGCAGAAGUGGUUCAAGAUCUAGACCUGAGUGUUUACAACCGCACAAUGACGGAUGAUGUUCUCACUAAGAUUAUCUGUCCAUUUGUCGGUCAUCGAGCCCGGUCCGUAAAUAUUAACAACUGUUUUCACAUCACCGAUGAAGGCUUCACGGCAUUGGCCACUACUUGCGCACCAAAUAUCACUGUAUGGAAGAUGAAGAGCGUAUGGGAUGUCACAGCCUCGGCCAUCCUCGACAUGUCCAGCAAAGCUACUAAUAUUGAAGAAGUGGACUUGAGCAACUGCCGAAAGGUCGGAGAUACACUCUUGGCCCGGAUAAUCGGGUGGGUCGUGCCUGCCGAUCAGAGGAAUGAGAACAAAUCAUCCAUCAAACCUACAAUCCAGACAGCAGAACGUACAGUAUACGGCUGUCCAAAGCUGAAGAAGCUCACACUCUCAUAUUGCAAACACGUCACUGAUCGAUCCAUGCAUCACAUUGCAUCUCACGCUGCUGGGCGGAUUGAGGAAAUGGAUUUGACGCGCUGUACCACCAUCACCGACCAAGGCUUCAAAUACUGGGGGAACACUCAAUUCACCAACCUGCGCAAGCUCUGCUUGGCAGACUGCACUUAUUUGACCGACCAGGCCAUUGUGCACCUCACCAACGCAGCCAAGAACCUAGAGGAAUUAGAUUUGACAUUCUGCUGCGCAUUAUCCGACACAGCCACGGAAGUUCUGGCUCUUCAAUGCUCCAAACUGAAAUAUCUCAACAUGGCAUUCUGCGGCUCUGCAAUCUCCGACCCCUCUCUAAGAAGCAUCGGUCUUCACCUCCUCUCACUCGAGCAUCUAUCGGUACGCGGCUGCGUGCGCGUCACCGGCACCGGCGUCGAAGCGGUAUCAGAAGGCUGCCACCAGCUCAAAAUUUUCGACGUCAGUCAAUGCAAGAAUCUCGGUCCCUGGCUCGAAGACGGCGGUGCGAUUCGGUACCAGCCCAGAGUCGAGUUCAAGACUGUUGCUCCUAACAAGAAAGUUCGCUGA